AUGAUGGGAAGGGAUGAAUGCAGUAGAGAGGCAAAAAGAGGGUAUAAUUUACGUGAGCACAAUUUUUCUCAAGGGAAAAAGCAUUGCAAUAACAACAACUCAGCUCAAUAUUCUACUUCUACUACUGUUGCUACUGCUGGUGCUAACUACGAUACCAAAAUUAAAAAAAUUAUGGAGGCAGCACCUGAGAUAACUCUAAAUUCGCACAGCCACCCUCAUCGUACUAAGAAAUCAUUAUCUUUUGAAUAUUACUAUUAUUCAGGUUUCAGUCCUUUAUGGGGUAAGAAAAUAGGUCCAUCAACUGGUAAGAAGAAUAAUACAGCACCACCAACAUUAGCAGCAGCGGCAGUUAAAAUCUACUUUAGUCAUGAUAGUACUACUCAUGGGGGACAAUCUUCGUCUCCUCAAAUGGAUAAUGAAGGAGUUAAGCACGUUGAAAAUGAGGAUGAUGAUGCUGAACUAGUUGAAAAUUGUAAGCUGAUCAAAAGAGCCCAUAAGCCCAUCAAAUCUAGAUCACUCAAAUCUCUAAUGUGA